GCAAGCAGAGCCUGUAAAUGACUCACUUUUCAAUUUAAACACCACAUCUUGCUGUCACACAGGUGCAAUCUAGCCUUCCAUGAAAUAAAUCAUGAUUAGAAACAGCCUAUAAAAUCCUGUGCACUGGAUGGAAUAUAUGGUUAUUUUGCUGCACAACGUUCCAGCACCUUGAAACCAAUUACAACGCAAAGGAACACAAAAGAAAGGAAUACAAACAUUGAUCUUGCUUGAUUUCAGAGCUUAUGUAAUUUAAAGCAACAAUGGAUCCGAUUCUUGAAGUGGUUGCUCUAUGUCUUGGCUUUAUGAGUUGGAUAAUGGUUGGCGUUGCAAUUCCGAACCGUUACUGGAAAGUCUCCAGCAUAGAUGGGACUGUGAUCACCACCGCAACACUUUACGAGAACCUGUGGAUGUCCUGCGCCACGGACUCGACGGGAGUGCACAACUGCCGUGAAUUCCCUUCUCUGCUCGCACUGUCUGGUUAUAUCCAGGCGUCUCGGGCUCUUAUGAUCGCUUCAGUGGUGUUUGGGACAUUUGGUGUUGUGGCCACACUCAUCGGCAUGCGGUGCUCGAAGGUCGGCGGAGAGAACUAUGUACUGAAAGGCAGAAUAGCCGGAACUGGAGGAGCAUUUUUCCUUCUGCAAGGUUUGUGUACGAUGGUAUCAGUGUCAUGGUACGCGUUCAACAUCACUCAGGAAUUCUUCGAUCCACUCUACCCAGGGCAAAAAUAUGAGAUUGGAGAGGGUUUAUACAUCGGCUGGGCCUCCGGUACUCUCGCCGUCUGUGGUGGAGCUUGCCUCAUGUUUGCCUGCAAAUUUGGCACAAAAGAGAAGAUAGGUUACCCCUACCAGCCCGCACGGGGAACAGUCUACUCAGUGUCCACGUCCAGGAGAGAUGCCCAGAGUGGCCAGAGCACUUAUGGGAAAAAUGCCUAUGUCUGAAAGAAGCAGUUUGGGUCAAUUUCAUGUCUAUAAAACAUAAAUCAGUUGACUGUUGAUAUUUUUUCUGCCUUUAUAUAUCUGUGCAAUUAUGUAAAUAUGUAUAGGCACAGGCAGUUUUGUGGCCAGGGCAAGUCAUUAAUCAAGUCAUAUGUUACCAUGUCAGUUUUGCAGUGUAAACACGUCUCAGAGGACAUUAUACACGCCAGAGUCACUGCCAUUUAAUCCCUGUACAGAAAUUACACACUCAAAUUACUAGUGUGUAUAUGUUCAGAUUUAAGAAGGGCUUUGAUAUAUUUCAUUUUGUAUUCAAGUAAUUGUUAUGAAAAAGAGACAAUACUUUUGUUGCAGUUACUUAAAGAAGUAAAAAAAAGAAAAAGAAUAAAAUCUCA